GCAACGUGAAGGAACAGCCCUAUCCCGGGAACUCGCUGCAGAGUCACGGAGCCGCCCAGCAGCAGCUUACCAGCUGAAAGUUCACUGCGAAACUCCCUGCCGUGUCUGCUCACCGCUGGCAAACGAGUCAAAAGUUACUUCAAACGAUUGCAACCUCUCCUAACUUUUUACAUUUUUUCGCUGGCCAGUGGAAAGGAUUGUUUCUCACUCUAUCUGAGAGUCCAAGUCACUGCGAAUCCUGAGGGAGCUGACAUUGAACAUUUGGCUGCUUUGUAGUUUUGUGCAAUACGAACGGGCCGGGAAUCUGAGUGGCGCCAUCGAGAACCAGCAGCGAUUUUUUUUUCCCCUUCUCCGGAGAUACGCGGUGCGAGCAGUCGAAGUUUGGCUCAGUUCACAAAGCUCAGGCUCCUUGAAUUCCUCACUGCUCGAGGGCCUCACUAUUUGCGGGAUGUUGGGCAACCUGUCAUGUAUAGAGUUCAUAAUAUGUAACCCGGCCACUGGUUUCUGAUUAUUUGUAUCUUCAAGUUAAAGAGUUUGGCAUGGCAUCGAAAAUCCUACGCAGGUUUCAAAAGAAGGUAAGAAAAGUCAACACAACAGAAGAAUCAGCAGAAGAUUUUCCUGAAAGAUCAGAACUUGAUGAUGACACUGAGGGAUUAUCUGCACGUCUGAGUGGAACAUUGAGUUUUGGAGAUGCAGAUGUGACAGAUGAGGACUAUGCCGAAACAACUGCAACAAACAGUGACCCUGACUUUUUACACAGUUUUGAGAGUGAUGGAUUUGAAUAUACAGAGAAUCUCUUGGGUGAGUUGAAACCAUGCAACAUGCUCACUAAACAGCUCCAGGAAAAUUGGAAGAAAUCCAGAGGGAACCUCAUCGUUGAGAAGCUGAUUUUUGAGGUCACUAGUGCCAACGUGGUCCAUGACUCAUCCUCCAAAUACGUGGCCUACACCAUACAUGUAAUAAAGUCGGGCAGCUUCGAUGAUAACAAGGCACUUAUUGUUCGGCGUUACACAGAUUUUGCAAAAUUGAAUGAAAAACUCCACAAGUAUUUCAAAGAGGAGAUGGGCAAUGUGGUGUUUCCAAAGAAGAUAAUCCGGAAAAACUUCACACACGAAACCAUAGCCAAACGCAGCCGGGCUUUUGAACAGUAUCUCCAGCACAUCCACUCAAUCAUGGACAUUCGCAGGUCCAAAGUAUUCCUGGAGUUCUUUUAUCUCCGAGAUUUAAAAGCAGGUCAGGGAUUAUUGCGUGGGGGUAUGUGUGAGGAUGCUAUGGAGAUGCUGGUCAAUGCUCUUCAUUUGCAGCAGAAGCUGUGCUCCUGGGAUACUGAGCACUUACUUUUCACUCAAGCUUCUAUUUCUCUUUGUUACCAAGAACUGGAUCGCUUGGAAGAGGCCCAGGCCUACUGUGAACAGGCCUUACAAACAAUAGACAACCAGGAAAAUCAUCCACUAUUAGUGCCUUUACUUCAUUCCAACAUCAGACUCUCCUGGAAAAUAGCUAAAGACAAACGUCAGUCCGAAGCCAAACUCCAGCAAGUCCAAGAAGCAGGGAUAGAUGUUUUAAAUCAACCUAGUCUUAAAGAACAUCUUAUUAAAGAUUUUUUAGAGUGAAUUAGACACAACUUGAUGCUACAUGAGGGAUGGAGGGGGCUUCUCUGGGCAAAUUUCAGUUUUUAUUAAAACGUAUAGUUUCAUAUCUGCGAGAACUUUAAAAGGAACCAAAUUUUAGUCAAACAAACUCAACUUUCCUGUGUAUUGUAUGCAGCAUCUCUGAAUAGUGUUACAGAAAAUAGUUGCACCUUUCCUGGUUUCAGGAGAGUUAUGACAUAAUGUAGGUGAUGUAAAACAGUGCGCAGUGCACCCUAACAGGAAGAUUUACUGGUGAUUCACCCUAUAAUGUGGUUCUAAUCUUAAUCUCGGUUGAUUCAAAGAACACAUUUGGCAGUGCACGCCAGGCUGUUGUAGGUGUAGCAUGAUUUCUAUGUUCUUUCAAAACCAAACAGAUUAAGGUUGCAAUACUGGGUAAAUUCCUGAUAGAAAUAUUAGUCUUAGGAGCUGUUCAGUAACAUGUAUUCAAUCUCUUUCAAUGAUUUGGAGGUCACAGUCAAUUUAUUGAUGUGCCUACUGUCUAAACUUUGCUUCUAAUUCUCAGUAGUUGCUGUACAUUCUUUGCUCUUCACAGUGAGCAAAACUACUUGAGUAUAACUUUUGUAGAGUGUAAUUUGGCUGGUUGGGCAGUGGGGACAGAGAGUGCAAUAUGUUAGGAUACUGCUACAUUUGAGACUGUUAUUUCCAGAGGAAGGAAGUAAAGACAAGUACUGGUACUGAGCUAUAUUGACCAGAUGGCACCAGGUUUCAUCUUCCAUCUGCAUGGAAGUAGCUAAUCACAGCUGGGGCCAUAAUAGGCCAUAGUGUCAGCUUUAGACAUUGGAUAAGGAUAGGGUUGGACUCUGUUAUUACCGUCAUUGCUGAAUAGCCUGUCAACACUCAGUAGUUAGGCUCACAUGUAAAGUUGCCCCUUGAGCGAAGUAAUGAAAACCUGCUGGCCUGUGGAGCUAUAUCCCAAAAUGAGAUGUUGGCCUUCAAGAGAAAUUGAGUGGAAGGUAGACAUGUGCUUUUGGAGCUUGUUUCAGUUGACCCUGACAAAUAUAAGUUACAACCUGCUAAGUGAAGACAGCCUCAUGCAUGUUUAAAUAUUUGCAGCUGUCGAGGCAGAAAGAAAGUGGAAAACCUUCACAAUGGAAGGGCUAACAGUAACUGUAAAAAAGACCUGCUUCACUUGGACACCACGUAUUUGACUGCUGAACCUGAACUUUCUAUCAACAGAGUAUAAGGAAGAGGAUGUUUUCUUUGCAUCAUGCAACAUAUGGCAUUUUUAUAUUGGAGAUAUUACAAUAUACCAGUGUUUAUAGUGAGAGGCCAGUCAAUUGAAUGAUGAAAAAUAACUUGUAAAUAUUUCUAUGUUAACUAUUUCUAUCUGUAUUCUAGUUUCCUUUUAUUGCUGAUGUAUCAUUAAACUGCAGUGGUGCCCA